AUGCGUCUUUCGGGCCUUCAGAGAGAGGUCCUUUCCCUGUACCGGCAUUGUCUCCGCGAAUGCCGGAAAAAGCCUGCAGCGAACCGCAAGCACUUUCAGGUGUUUGCGAGAAAUGAAUUUGAGAAGAACAUCAAGAUCGACAAACGAGACUUUGGCGCCAUUGAGUUCUUGCUGCGCAAAGGCCGGCGGCAGCUCGACAUCUACGCAUCCCCGGGGGUCAAGGACAUCAAAUAG